AUGACGGAAGUCAAACACGGGAUCGACGCCUCCUCCAGGCACGGCUCCCUGUUUGACUCUCACCUGCGAGUGUGUGUGGACCGCCAGCUGCUGACCGUGGCGUCGAACGCCGUGGACUUCAUGCUCUACAAAAAGCUGCCGGUGGACCACGCUCUGCUGCAGACGCUCCUGAACAAGCUGAGCAAGCAGAACCACUGGGCCCGGGCCCGGGAACUCUUCAGGCACUCUCUGAGUACGGGGUACUACCCGGACGUGUCGGCCCCUCGUGGCUUCAUGACGCUGGUCGUCCCCUGUCGGCUGAGGGAGGAGGAGCUGGCGCUCAGCUUGGAGAUGUUCAUCGCCGCCAAUGCAACCGACAUCUUCCGCCAUUCAGAGGCCUCCGCGGCCCGUCUCAGCAUCACCCUCAAAAGGACCCAAAGCUGCGAGAGCGAAUACCUCGCCGCCGCCUGCCGCGUCCUCUCCGCCGCUCGCAUCCCUCAGCCCAAUCUCGACGUUCAAUACACGGCGGUCAACUUGUCCCAGGAUCAGGUGUUCACGCUCGCCGUUCCCUCGGCCCGCCUCUGGCUCCACCAGAAUCACCUGUGGGUCAAUGAGGUGUGGGCGCACUGAUCCCCUGGAAGUACGUGCCUUUACUUUCUCUAGAAACUGCUCAUGUUCCAGAGACG